AAAAAACCUCUCGACAACACUCUGCAAAAAACGAAGCAAUGCUACUGCCUCGACGAGCAUGUCGGACAACAUUCUCCACAUGCAAGGCCUUUGGCCUCUCUGCAAGUCAAUAUCCAACCAUGCGAUGCUCCUCAGCAACUCCUAGUCCUGAAGGAAGAAUACCGAAACAGUUUGGAAUUCCAAAAGGACAACCAGCAAGCAACACAGACCGACACAGCUACGAAGACCUCAGUGGAGCUACCUUUUGUCGACACGCAAUAUCCCGAUUGAAGGAGGAAGCAUUGCUGGCGCACGAUGUUCUAUCUGUAACAUACCAAACUCGUGCACUUCGCUUGGCGGGAGUUCUCGGAGGAUAUGUGAUGGAUGAUGAAGACAUGUAAAUAGCCGCUGUUUCAAAACGUAUCCCACCCUACGAAUACCCAUGGAUUUCACCUUGUAACAAGCAGAUGACAGCCAAUGGAAAAGGAGCAAUUCUAGUGACGACCAAACAGCCAUACAAGAGAUAGGAGGAUGAAUAAAAUCAUAUGGAGCGAUAUACACAAAUAGAUGCAUCAGAAAGUCACGGAAGGAAUACAUUAUCUGGGAGAGUUCACGGCACCACCAAGAAAGGGCAGCGUCGUUUGAAUAGAUCCCCAGUUCUGAUUGAACCAAAUUGGGUUCAGUCCCAGUCAAAUAGACGCACCAAAACCGUAAACAUCCG